AUGAAUGUUGGGACAUAUUCCUGUCUGGCUGAGGCUGGUGAGGAUAGUCUUCAAAGUCAAAUAGCAGUUUUAACCUUGGCAUAUUUGUCCAAUUCUUUCUCAGUCCACCCUACCUCUCAUAUCCAGAGUAUGGGUGAUAUUGUUCAUCUUCAAUGUAGUAUUGACAGCUCACCACCUCCAUCAAUAUCAUGGUAUUACAAUGGUCAACCAUUAUCUGACGGUGGUGUUGUUACGUCAACGACACUCAGUGUAUUGAGACUUGGUCCUCUGGAACAUCAACAGAUGGGUGUUUAUAGUUGCUUAGCAACUAAUGCUUUGCUGCCAGGGCAACAGAGGAUGAGCAACCCAGCUACUUUAACUAUUUUAGGGCGUCCUGGUUUCAUUACCACACCAUCAGCACAGAGCAUCGCUGUAGGAG